GUCGGUCGGUCGGUCGUUCGGUCGGUCGGUCGGUCGGUCGGUCGGUCGGUCGGUCGGUCGCCCUCGCGCGUCAGGCACGUCGCGACCCCCAACACAGCAGCAUCGUCGCAUCCGUCCCGACUAUGAGAAGAGCGUCGGGUGCCGCCGCCGGCUGUCACCACCACCACGGGACGUCGUCUCCGUCGGCGUCGUCGUGGUCGUCGUCGCCGUCCUCGUCGCCGUCGCCGUCGCCGUCGCCGUCGCCGUCGUCCUCGUCGUCAUCGUCGGCGUAUUGUUCGUCCGUAUCUUCAGCUCGGUCGUGCCGGAAAUAAAAGCCGGCAGUUUUGCGGCAGCAAAAGCCGGGGUGAUAAAAGCCGACACCUCCUGGAGGAAGCCGCGGGCGUUGCCUUCGUCAUCCAUCACGAGGACCCGUCACGAGAAGCACCGCGGGGAUAAAAAAAGGAAAGAGAGAAGGGAACCGGCGAGCGAGUCAGGGACUUUCUCUCCGUCCGGCGGAUCUCACGGCCGAAGGGGAAGAUAAUUCGGCGGAAGGAAGAAGGGAAAGAAGAAGAAGAAGAAGAAGAAGGUGGAGAAGAAGAAAGUCACCGAGAUCUCGCCGGAAAGGCCAACAGAAAGUGGAUGGGAUAGCGGAGAAAGGGUAUGCGGUCUUGAGAGCACGUAACAAACAGGUGGCGAGGCGGGAUCCUCCGUCGAAGGCCUCGGUUCUGCCGAAAGAGAGGGCGGAUAUAUCACGAGGGGUGUGAGAGAAAGAGAGAGAGAGAGAGAGAGAGAGAGACAGACAGACACACGCGCGCACACGAAAGUAACAGAUGCGACGGCACCUGCAGCGCAUCCCGACCCGAAUCAUCCACCGGCGGAUCUCCCCGGCCGAGAGCGAGACACAUCAAUCUCGCGACGCUUGACCGUCCGGGGCCGGGCGUUCUUUUCUAUUACACCGUUAGAACCUAAACAAGGUAAUCUGGACAAUCAAUCACCGCUGUGAACAUCAGGACAAAGGGGGGGGGGAGACGCCCAUUUGGUAACGACCUGUGAUCAUGCUCAGUCCCAAGAUGCAAAGAACCGUGAGGGUGAAUGACGCUCAGCUAGUCAUGCUGUCGGAGAGAGCCCAUUACGAUCAUUCGCUGACGGGAUAUUUGCACAAGCGGGCAACCGACUCCACUAAGUGGCAAUUACGAUGGUUCCUUCUCUAUCAGAAUAUGCUAUUCUAUUACGAGAACGAGAACUGUUCGCGGCCCAGUGGCGUCAUUCUGCUGGAGGGCUGUUAUUGCGAUCGACUCAUCACCGCCAAAGGCAAAGAACCGGAUAAACAGCACUGUUUCGCGAUAUCGUACAGGAGGGAGAAUCAACGGCAAUACGAGCUGAAAGCGGCCACCGAGACGGAUUGCAAAACAUGGAUCGACGCGAUACAAGAAGCCAGUUUUAACAAAUUGCUGCUGCAAAAGGAGGAGCUCGAGCAAAAGCACCUGCACCUGUUGCAAAUCGUCGAGAGCGAGAAGACGGCCAAGUGGCAGUACACCCAGCAAUGCGAGGAAUUGGCGUCGGAGAUAAAAAAGCUGCGAGCCGAGCUGUGUACACUUAAAAAAGAACUGAGACCCUCGGUGACGCCGACGUAUGGUAGACCGGUGGUUCAAAGGACUAUGUCUCAAGGUACCGGUAGCUUAUACAGCGGAUCUCAAGCACUCGGCGGUAUGGCUCACGGCAUCGCCGGAACCGGAUUCGGAGGGGCGCCCGCAUUACGCGGCAUUAUGGAGGGUUCCAUUGAAAUGCAGAAAAUCAAGAAGGUCCAGAGUUUCUUCAGGGGCUGGCUAUGCCGUAGGCGUUGGAAGCAAAUCGUUGAACAGUACAUCAAAAGCCCGCACGCAGAAAGCAUGCGCAAGCGGAACAGUCUGGUAUUUAAAAUGGUGGAGGCCGAGGUGGAGUACACGGAGCAGAUGGAGGUUUUAGUAAUCUGUUUUCUGAGGCCUUUCAAGAUGGCUGCCAGUUCAAAGAAACCCCCAUGUAGUCACGAGGAUGUGAAUAGCAUAUUUUUGAAUAGCGAGACCGUGCUGUUCCUUCAUCAGAUCUUCCUGAAGGGUCUCACUUCUCGUAUGGAGAGCUGGCCCACUUUAGUUUUAGGUGACUUGUUUGACAUGCUGCUACCGAUGUUAUCGAUAUAUCAAGAGUACGUGCGAAACCACCACUACAGCCUUCAAGUGUUAACCGAAUGCAAGCAAUCAGCCUCGUUCGCGGCAUUGCUCAAGAGGUCGGAGCAAAAGACUGCCUGCCAAGGACGAUCCCUGGAGACCUUUUUAACAUAUCCCAUGCAUCAGAUUCCGAGGUACAUAAUUACUCUGCACGACUUACUGGCGCACACGCCGUACGACCACGUGGAACGCAAGAGCCUCCAGAAUGCCAAGCAACAGUUGGAGGACCUGUCGAGACAAAUGCACGACGAGGUCAGUGAGACCGAGAAUCUGAGGAAGAACUUAGCGGUGGAGCGAAUGAUCGUCGAGGGAUGCGACAUUUUGUUGGAUGUCAAUCAGGUUUUCGUGAGACAAGGUACGCUCGUGCAACUCGUGGACAAGCCGCGCGGUGCGCGGAGCAGGCUGAGCGCUACCUUCGGCGGCAAAGCGGCCAGCGACAAAGAGGCGGUCAGGCAGUGUUUCCUGUUCUCGAAUCACCUGCUGCUCACGACCCGCCAGUCCGACGACGACGGUCGGCUGAAUCUCGUCCCGCAGAUCGGCAAGAUCCCCUUGUCCGAGGCGGCGCUGAUCGAGGAUCCGAGCGAUCAGACUGCCACGGACGAUGACGAACUGUCAGUAUGUUCGAUGUCAAGCGGCAUCAGCGAGAGUAGCGGAAGCGGCAGCAGUAGCGCGACCUCCCAGCUGCAGAAUCGCGACUUCAAGAUCAUUCUCGACGUAAAGUCCGGCGGAGUUAAGGUGACUGUGCAUCUCGUAGCGCCUACUAUGCAGGAAAAGGCCGCUUGGAUCAGCGACAUCAGCCAGUGCAUGGACAACGUUCACUUCAACGACCUGCUCCACGGAUCGGACACCAGUUCCGUCACGAUGCCGCAGUCUAUUAGAAACGACCCGAAGCUCUUCAAGGACGACGUGGACAUACGCUUCAGUCGUACCUUGAACUCCUGCAAGGUGCCGCAGAUACGUUCCGCCACGCCGGAGCGUUUGCUGCAGCGGCUGACCGAUCUGCGGUUCCUCAGCAUCGACUUUCUCAACACGUUUCUAUUGACGUACCGGGUGUUCACCGACGGCGUCACGGUGCUGGAGGCUCUCAAGAAGGUCUUCUACGAGGCCGAGCCGCCGGACGCGCCGAUGCCCACCGGGUCCCUCAUGUCUCUAGACGUGCUAGGAGCUUCCGCGGGCGAGUCCCAGUUGCAAUCAGAAGACCGAAGGAGAAGCAGCUUUUCACCGAGACGAACCAGCGGCGCGAGCUCGGUGUCAGGUUACGGGUCGGAAGUGAGCGACUGCCGCGAAACUAGGCUCCACGGAUCCUUCGACACCAAUGUGGGUGGGCUGAAUUCGAAGGGUCAUUGGCGAUCCGGUUACAGGAAGCUGGAGGAGGAACAGUCGCUCGGUCUGAUCUCCGAGACUCCGAUCAUCAAACGUAGCCCUACGUCGCAGACGUCGAGUCCAUCCACCGCGUCGCAAUCCCCGAUCACGCCGCGCAAGAUCAGUAUUCGCGUGAACAAGGACUCCGAGAACGACGGGUGUCACCUGACGAUACCGAAAGUGAUCGCCGUGUCGUCCAGCUCCGAGACGCUCACAGAUAUUACAGUAAUCAGCGCGCCAUCCUCGCCGAGCAACUUGAGCUCCGUGACGCUAGUCGGCUCAACGGGAUCCGGAUCCGGAUCUGGAUCGGACCCGAGUCCUCAGGAAGCUGGUAGCUACUCCCGCGGUAUCUCAGAGGAGACGGACACGCCCGUGGGGACGGAGGAUAGCUCGAGAGAGGUACAAUUCACGUACGACACCCCGACGCAAUCGAUCGAUAAGCCAGACACUCCCACGAAAACUCCGACCUCUCCGGCGAGCGGAGGAGCCGAGACGAAAAAAGAGGGGCAAACCACCCCGAUGGAUGAGGAGGGUAGCGAAUCGUCCCUUCAGCAAGCCAGUCAACCGGCACAAACGAGUCAACAACAAUAUCCGGAGCACAGGGCAUCUGUCGCCUCCGCUCCGCCGUGCACCACAAGGAGAGGCUCAAUCUCCACCAUAACCGGAAAUUACUGGGCGAGUCGACGCUCGAUGCAGGAGGAGAUUUCGUCGCAGCAGAGCAACUAUCAGCAUGACGCUCAACAGGUCACCAGCAAAGCGGGCGUGGUGAUCACGAGCUUCCGCCAGAGUCACCGAAGCAUUGGACCUGAACCUAUCUGGAGCAGCACGUCCACGGCCGCGGCCGCGUUCGCAAUCGCGACUUCCGCCUCGAGCAAUCCGCCUGACAAGGGGCCCAGCACCGCGAACGACGGCAACAACCGCAGCGGUUCCUGCCGCGACAAGAACAGACGGAAGGAAUCGGUGAUGUCGACCGCCGCCACUAUGAGGGUGCUCAACGUCCUGCGGCACUGGGUGUCCAAGCAUCCGCAGGACUUCGAGCUUGAUCAGAAGCUGAAGAACCUGACGAUCGAGUUCCUGGAAGAUAUCAUUUACAGUCCGAACCUGCUGUCGGUUGAACACAAGGCGGCCAGCCAGCUACUCAGGCUGAUCACCAAGGAAGAGCUCGAGAGCAGCAAGAUUGACUUGGACAAAUUGCUGGCGCCGCCGACGGUUCAGAGCAAGGAGAGCAUCGAGACGCUGUCCGCGCUCGAGAUCGCGGAGCAAAUGACGUACCUGGACCAUCAGAUAUUCGUGUCCAUCGCCAGCGAGGAAUUCCUCGGCCAAGCGUGGAUGAAGACGGAUAAGAGCACACGCGCGCGCCACAUCCUCCUCAUGACGAAGAGAUUCAACGAGGUGUCGCAGCUGGUGGUCUCCGAGAUUAUCCGUCGGUCCAACAUGUCGGCCAGGGUGGCGGCCAUCGAGAAGUGGACCGCGGUCGCCGAUAUCAGCCGAGUGCUGCACAAUUAUAACGGCGUGCUGCAAAUUUGCGCGGCGUUCACCAACAGCAGCGUGUAUAGGCUGAAGAAAACCUGGGAGAAGGUCUCCAAGACGACGAAGCAGACGAUAGAGAGACUGCAGCACAUCGUCUCAUCCGACGGACGCUUCAGAAAUUUGCGGGACGCCCUGCACCGUUGCGACCCACCCUGCAUCCCUUACUUGGGUCUCUACCUCACCGAUCUCUCGUUCAUCGAGGAGGGCACUCCAAACUUCACCGAGGACGGUCUUCUGAAUUUCUCCAAGAUGCGAAUGAUCGCCCAUGUGAUCCGCGAGAUACGACACUUCCAGCAGACGCCCUACAAGAUCGAACUGAUCACGAAGGUGAGCAACUACCUGCUGGACACGUCGCUUCUGCUGAACGAGAAGGAUCUGUAUCGCAUGUCUUUGGACAUCGAGCCCAGAACAUCCAGGCUAAGCAGCUCGACCAUAAUCGGUUUGCCGCCGUCGGUCAGUCAAGCGUCUAUGAAAUGAACUCGUUUCGUCGUCUUGAGCGAACAAACGAACGGAGAGAGUGGGAACCAAGCGGCAAGUUAAAACCGCGACGAGCGAGAAGAUAAGACGAUAAGGAAGAUCCAAGAUCGAAAAGUAGUAAGUAUCCGUUGCGCGCGCGGCCGAUUAUUCGAUCGCGAACGCGACUCGCCGUGUUUACAGCCCCGUCCACUCUUUCUGUCCACUUGAGUUACGCUGUCGGCUUGUGACGCGUCGAUUUUCGACGUUCGCUUCUUUUGUCGUUUUUGCGUCUGACGCGUUUUCGCGAGGUAUAAGCUCCUAGACAAAUAAGGUCAACGGGGAUCUCGUCGUCGCAAAGAAUCGGCCUCUCAGCCUCUUCCGCGGGAAGGAACUUGGUCGCAAGUUCGUUUCGGACAACGUACGAUCGCGGUAAGUGCAGCGAAAUUGAGAUUACGUUCCGGGCGAAUCUUCUCUAAGUUGCUGAAAUUGCUCUCCGCUGUCCUUCGGUUGUUUCAUUACCAUUAUUGCUCUUGCUUCCGAGAAGCUCUCAUAGACAUUUUGCGACGAUAAAGUGAAUACAUAGACUAAGGGUAGAAGUGGAUGUGCGCGUGGCUGGACAUAAGAUUGAAGAUAAACUUGCUAUUUUGUUGCGAAAUGUCGCUAAGGAUCUGCAAUUGUUUUCUCCCGUAAUUUUUACCUGUGCAACUUCAGACCACGCGAGAAUUCCUUUGAAUUAAAAACGAUGUUGAUGAAAUAAUCAGUAACAAGAGUAGAAGAAGAGAAGAGAAUUUUUUUUUUCGUGAUAACGUAUUUCUUUCCUUGUGCAUUCCGCAUAUCAUUAUCUUGUGUGUGUCACGUGCAUCAUUCUCUCGUACGAAAAAGAAAAAAGAAAAAAAAAAUA